AUGAGAUACCCCCAGCAUUCCCGGACCCUGACGAUUUGCCAAGCAGAGGCCUGGAACCCGUGCCCACUCACCCCAGUGCACACCCUCUUCAUCCUGGAUGGUGGCCGAUCCCAGGAGCUGAGCAGGUUUCACGAGCUGACCCAGCAGCACCGUGAGUUUUACCGGGACAAGACGGGGACCCUAUACAUCCUGCCUUACUUUGUGCUGCCUGUCAAGGAGCAGGACAGAUAUCCUCAUCCGCUUGACCUCCCACCGCUCAGCCUGAAGACCUGCUGGCAUUUGGCGCGAGUGUCACCGACGAACCUCCGGACCUACCAGACCUACCCCUCGGGGAAAAGGGUCACCGCACGGGAGAGAGAGAUCCGAGAUAGCUUUUUCGAGUGCCGAGCCUGA